GAUACUUCCUAACUCCUAGUAUAUCUGCCUCCAUCAUUUGAAAAAGGGCCGUUCUACCUUGGCGAUGUUUCACUUUUCGGUCGCCCCUACUUGGUGGGUGGGAAUGCUGCUGGUGCUGCUUCAGGAAACCCGAUUUGGAGAGGGGAGGUCUGAGAAGAGUGUGUCUCGUUGUGCUCGGUCUGGGGGCCGUCACGUGAGUCCAUCCUUGACGCAGCCCGGCAGUGGCUUUUUACCCGGAUUAGCUUAUUUUCACACGUUGAAGCAGCCUGAGAUUCGCUUGGAGAACACUGUGGACGCUCUCUUGACGGAUGCUAGGGAGACCCGCCAAGUUUUCAAAGGCCCGGGGCCCCAAGAAGCACUUAAAGCGUGUUGCAGCGCCGAAGCAUUGGAUGCUUGACAAAUUAACGGGUGUAUUUGCACCUCGUCCAUCGACAGGUCCUCACAAGCUGAGGGAAUGUCUUCCCCUGAUCGUCUUCCUCAGGAAUAGACUCAAGUAUGCGUUGACUGGAGAUGAGGUAAAGAAGAUAUGUAUGCAACGUUUCAUCAAAAUUGAUGGCAAGGUUCGAGUGGAUGUUACAUACCCUGCUGGAUUCAUGGAUGUCAUCAGCAUCGAGAAGACAGGUGAACAUUUCCGCCUGGUCUAUGACACCAAGGGCCGUUUUGCUGUUCACCGCAUCACAGUGGAAGAGGCAAAGUACAAGUUGUGCAAAGUGAGAAAGAUUACUGUGGGAGUGAAGGGAAUCCCUCACCUGGUGACUCAUGAUGCUCGAACCAUCCGCUACCCAGAUCCUGUCAUCAAGGUGAACGAUACUGUGCAGAUUGAUUUAGGGACUGGCAAGAUAAUCAACUUUAUCAAAUUUGAUACAGGCAAUUUGUGUAUGGUGAUUGGUGGAGCCAACCUCGGUCGUGUUGGUGUGAUCACCAACAGGGAAAGACAUCCUGGUUCUUUUGAUGUGGUGCAUGUGAAGGAUGCCAAUGGCAACAGCUUUGCCACGAGGCUUUCCAACAUUUUUGUCAUUGGCAAUGGCAAUAAACCUUGGAUUUCCCUGCCCAGGGGAAAGGGCAUUCGACUUACUGUUGCUGCAGAGAGAGAUAAGAGGCUGGCCACCAAACAGAGCAGUGGCUAAAUUGCAGUAGCAGCAUAUCUUUUUUUCUUUACACAAAUAAACAGUGAAUUCUCGUUU